CAACAAGCUCAAUCUCCAUGAAUUGCAUCUUCUAAUAUUUUUUGUUUUUGUGGCGAAUAAUAAAGAGCUAAAAAUCUCUGAGCUUUGUUUCACAUCUCUUUUUCCCGGUUGAACUUUUGCAGUUUCCUAUUUGAAGGCAAAAAUGGCUCGGGAAGGUCCCAAUUGGGAAGGGUUGCUUAAAUGGAGCCUCGCACACUCGGAUGGUACUAACUCUUCUCCUAAUCUGAGUGAGGAGGAUAGAAAGUGGUUUAUGGAAGCAAUGCAGGCACAGACGGUUGACAUUGUUAAGCGAAUGAAAGAGAUAACACUUGUUAUGAAGAUCCCAGAGCAGGUUUUGGAGUCUCAAGGGGUAACUCCUCAAGAUAUUGAAGAUAUGUUGGAUGAGCUGCAAGAGCAUGUUGAAUCAAUUGAUAUGGCAAAUGAUCUUCACUCUAUCGGUGGCCUAGUUCCUCUCAUUGACUAUCUAAAAAAUUCACACGCGAACAUAAGAGCAAAAGCUGCUGAAGUUAUUAGCACAAUCGUCCAAAACAACCCGAGAAGUCAACAUCUGGUCAUGGAAGUCAACGGUCUCGAGCUGCUUUUGUCGAAUUUCACUUCGGAUACUGAUGUCACUGUCCGUACAAAAUCACUCGGUGCAAUUUCAUCUCUUAUCAGGCAUAACAAGCCUGGAAUCACUGCAUUUCGCCUGGCCAAUGGUUAUGCCACUCUAAGAGAUGCUCUAAGUUCUGAGAAUGUGAGAUUUCAAAGCGAGGAUGCCGAUUUACGUGAAGCUGCACUGAAGGGCCUAUGCCAGCUGGCACAAAACCGUCUAACUGGAGAAGACGAGGAGAAACUGAAACAAAUCCUACAAGAGAGAGUUAAAGGGAUCAGCCAGUUGUCAGGUGAGGAAAGGCAGUUAGUGGACUCCCUUUGGAGCAUUUAUAAUCACGGGCCUUGUCCUCUGCGUGAAACGGGCUUCUUGUCCGGCUCAAUGAGGAUGUAA